AACAACACCCUGAAUCCCAGGAAAAGUGUUGUUUUCAUAAUAUGUCCCCUUUAAGCAUUGGGGGAUCAUGAGCUCAGUCCCCUGCAGACAUUUCCUCCAACACACACACAACAGUGGAGUCUCCAUUUACCUCUUCAUCCGUUUGUGGUGGGAGGAUAGUACUAGUGGCCGGCGGCAACUUUUGACGCGAGGCAUGCUGAUUAGACCGGAUAUAGUAUUUGGUUUAAAACAACCACUAUAACGUAAUAUGGUGAUGUUUAAUAACGGAGUUGGUGUGUCGGUCGAAGCGUUGGCUGCUGGUGCGUGACUAAAAAGCUGAGAUUCUAAUGGGCUUUGUUGCGCUUUGUUGCGCUUUGUCACGCGGUUAAAAAGCUGCGGCGAAUUCAGUUUUAAUUCAGUGCGGCAUGGUUUGACUCGGCGUGGGCCAAAAGUGUCAAUGGAGGAGGGGAGCAGAACAGCCCAGUCACUUUCAGCGCUCACAGCAUUCAACCAGAAGGACGCGUUGAGGUGGAAACCCCCACCUGGACACUCAUUGGCCACUUCUUGCUCCUUUUAUAUUGACAUUUUUGUCAUUUAACAAAUGCUUUUAUCCUGAUUUACAAAAAGGAAAUGAAAGAAGGAAAAAACAAUGUUUAAUCUUCACUCAACCAAUAAAACAUCACAAUAUGUCCUUCAUUCACCAUAGACAUCCUGGUGAGUGUGUGUGGUUGAUCUCACCAGCCUCAUGUAAAGCAGCCUCCCUCCUCUUACUGAUUGGAUGCUGGGAUGUGGGUGAGGCUGCAUGCCUGUGGUGCAAUGAAGCCACACAGGUUGAACCAGCCGUCACUAGGGUUGGCCAUCGUUUGGAUUUUAACAAUUCUGAUUCAGAUUCUGAUUAUGCUUAUCGAUUUAGAUUCUGGAUUUUCUGAUUCUUUGAGGGGCAGGGAAAAAAAACGGACAGGUUGCCGUGGGUCGUAACCACGGUGAUAGCACGCCCCCUUCAUUCCUAAAAUUCUCAGCCCGAAAUGGGCUCAAUGGCACCUUCACUCUUUGGGUGCCUAAAUGUCGGGGUAUUAACCUCUGCGAUCACCACGUAACCAUCAUGUGCAUCUUCCCAGGAACAAAAUAAGUUUGCACAGGUUUUGCAUCGUGCUGACACGUCAUUGUUAUUUACAUAAUGGAGCCAGGCCGAUUUUGUUGCCAGGGUGAAACGCCUGCUGUGGCAGUAAGCCCGAUUCCGACCCUGCAGUAAACCUGUUUUAUACACCACCAGCUGCUGUCCAGUUUCGUAGGAGCCCAGUGAAGACACCUAGGUGUCGGUGGUAGGGUCAACUUGCUACCAUCAUCUAGCAUACAAAUGUGCUGUGUGCUGACACAAUGUGCAGACCACCUACUGGUCUUCUGUGUGUUGAGAUCACAUUUGCAGACUUAAGGGAUCAAGAAUGACCCAUGAAAGGCAUGAUGAGACGGACGACCAAAAAUGAUUAGAAAAAACAUGUUUUUUAACCAUAAGAAUUGUAUUCUCAAGUCUAAGCAAAAACAAAAAUUAAGCAAAAACAAGUGCAAAUUAAAAACAAAUAGCUUAUGACAGGUGAAAAACCUUCAAAUGAACAGGUAAACACAGGCAUGUCUAUCCGUCAAGCUGGCAGUCAGUAUCCAUAGCAGCAGCUAGAGUUCUCGCAACAAAAUUGUAAUUGAUUAUAAUUAUUUGGUUAAUGAUGUAUCAAAGUACUUUUUUUCUUCUGAAGAUGAUUUCACCAAUAUUGAUACAUUUAUAAUAAGUGAGGUGAAGGGAAAAAACAAAACUAUUUCCUGAACAUGUAGCCUAUAGUUUGGAGUUGGAUCUUUUGCUGAACAAUAACCCAAUAUACUCCUGUGAUGUGGAAGUUAAAAUAGGUGGAUAUUCAAAUGAUAAUUUGAGAUAUCAUCUUUCUAACGUAGAUCUCUAUCUCUCACACACACACACACACACACACACACACACACAUGCACACACGCACGCACGCACGCAUGCAUACACGGCUGAGGAUGCAACAAUGACAAGGCUUGGUAGUACUCUGUCACCCAGCCCACAUGAGAGGGACACAAGCCACCACCCUUCUCUUCAGCAAAGAAUAAGGAAGAGUGUCAUCAUUCACUCCGGACUCAAUCAAAACGAUGGAGAUUCUAUUUUUAUUGCUGGGAUUUCUCUUCUUUGUCAAAGGUUGUGCUGGCCAUACUCUUUAUGGAGAGGUCGGAGGGACGGUCGUAUUUCCAUGCAAGUCAACUAGGGAGAACAUCAAGUUUAUUUACUUUCAAGGAGGCCCAGAUUUGACUGAUUUUAUAAUUGGAUAUCAUAACAAGAAGAACCUCACUGGGCCCAAAAGACUUCACACCAAAUUAAGCCUUGAAAAUAAAACGGUAACCUUUUGGAAUCUAACCGUCUUAGACGAAGGGACAUACAAAUGCCUCGUAGGCUAUGAGGUCGGCGGUGGAAAUACUGAUGACACUACAACAAGACUCAUCCUAAUUGAGCCCCCCCCGACGCCCAGUAUAAAGAUCCAGCCGCUGUGUGACGUCAGUUGUGCUCUGAGGUGUACCGCGGACACCCAGGAUCUGGGACCGGUCUCCUACGAAUGGAAGGAAGACGAAGGCGAGUGGACCAAUGGUGACGAGCUGAAGAAUAUCAGCAGAUCUGAUACCCCUGAGAAGUUCUUCUGCAGGCUGAGGACCCGUGUGAGGACCAGCGACACCAGCCUGGCCAUGGAAAAUCCACUCUAUAAACCACCAGGUCCCGCUGAAGGGUCGUAUGAAGGUGCUGGGAUGAAUAUCGGAAUAAUUAUUGCCAUAUUAUGCAUAUUAUGCAUUGUUGCUCUAUUGGCAGUAAUUGCUCUGGUGAAGUGUUGUCCGAGCCAUCCACUUUCUAUGUUAAUCCUCGGGAAUGAUUUUCUGAGGAGACUCAUAUUUUGUAACCAGCAACGACCCCAAUCAGUCCCACAAGCCGAUCCAGUACCAGCAACCGAAGAAGUCGCAGUCGCUGAGGAAUUGGAGAUGGAAACAUGUAGGUAGUUUCCAAGAGUGGCCUCUACAUUGUUGCCAUCUGCACAUCUACUCGGCCGCCUCUGAAUGUCCAACACCUGGAACCCGUUGAUGGGACUGCAGACCACUCCAUGUUGCUCUCAACAAGAGCAAUGAGGUCGCUGCACUCACCGGAUCAUUUGUCAAUAUUCCAACAAAGAUCAGACACAUGGAUGUCUGCUGCAACACACACGUGGCUGAAAUUUAUUUAGCUUGCUGUUUUUGAUUGUUUUGUUGUCCUGGGACAAACUGAUCAAGUGGAGCUAUCUAGCCUUCUCAAUCUUCUGUGGGGCUAACGACACUGCAUUGAAAUAACGUAUCUGGAUUUCUUGCCCCUGAAUUUAACUCUUACAAUUUCCAAUAAAUCAUUUUCAGCUUUAUUUUUCAAUGUUAAAA